CGAGGGCCUACCUCCACGAUUCUAACGAAAUCACUGAACCUCCGGGGGCUUGGGGCCGCUCUUGUGGGAAAGACCAGGCGGAGAGAGGUGAACAGCAUUUUUCUGGAAUUUAAAAUCAGCUGGUUUCAGCUUCAGGGGUCGUUAUCUCCAUCGAACAGUCUGAGAUUCAAAUAAACGGGUGGAUUUCUAUGUCGCGAUUAAAUGCCUCAUGAAAUUUCGCCCACACACUGCACAUGUGUGAGUUGACUCAGGGAAACGGAACCCUACACCCCUGCAUCAGCUGCUAGAUUAAAAAUAUUGCUCCCCCCGGAUAAAUACUGAUUACUAAGUCCGUAUAAAUAAAAAACAGAAUGUUUCCUGCUUACGCUUACCUCUCGGGCUACGACAGGCACAAGAAGCUCAUAAACGACUACCUCCUCCUCAGCGGUAAAUCGCUGUCGAACCUCAAGCGAGACACGUCCCGGGACAAGACCGAUCACGAUGUCAUCAGGGAAAAUCAUCGUUUCCUGUGGGAGGAUGAGGAGGUUCCAGAUACAUGGGAAAAUCGUCUUGCUAAGAAAUAUUAUGAUAAAUUGUUCAAGGAAUACUGCAUUUGCGACUUGACGUACUACAAGCUCAACAAGGUUGCUCUACGAUGGAGAACUGAGAAGGAAGUUGUCGUGGGUAAGGGCCAGUUCCAAUGUGCCAACAAGAAAUGUACUAUGAAGGAAGGAUUGAGAUCCUGGGAAGUGAAUUUUGCUUACGAAGAGCAUGGAGAGAAGAAGAAUGCAUUAGUCAAAUUAAGGCUGUGUCCAGACUGUUCGGAGAAGCUGAAUUACAAAACAAAAAAACGAGAAGUAAAACGACAGAAGGCUUUGAAGAGAUUGGGAAUUUCUCCUGAAAAAUCCCAAGGGAGUUCAACAUCGAGCCAAGUUCCUGAAGCCACAAUUAAAUUGGAAAUUAACGAAAAAGAUAGUACCGCGGAUCCCCAACCAUCGCAGCCCGAAGACUCGGACAUUUGGAAGGGAAAACCAGUGGAAGGGGUGGAGAAAAGCCGUGAAGAAGAAUUUGAAGAAUACCUGGCUGAUCUUUUCCUAUAAACAAUUUUAUUCAUCAAAACAACUGAUUAACUUUCUUUCUCCUCCAACUACAAACUUACAUUACA